AUGACUGCACUGAAACAGCUUGAUCUCAGGAACAACCAACUGAAAGGUGAGAUACCAGCAACCAUCUCAUUCCUCCGGAAUCUCAACCAUCUUGCACUGGGCACCAACAAAUUCACGGGUACCAUACCUCUAAACCUUGGCCGCUGGCAGCCACUCCGUCUCAUUGGAAGUUCCCAGCUGCUGGUGGAACUUGCAACACCUAAAAUUUAUGGAUCUGUCAAGAAAUGCCUUUUUGGCAAACUUCCAACUGCAAGGAACCAUAUCUUUUCUCUUGAAUGGCUGAACCUGGCAAAAAACAAUUUUCAUGGAGAGUUUCCGUCUGUCAUACAGAAAUGUGAGAACCUAGCCACACUCGACCUUGAGGGAAAUAGAUAUGACAGCAUAAUUCCUUCAUGGUUAGGUGUGAAAAAUCCAUGGCUAAGGAUUAUUCAAUUAAGGUCAAAUAUGUUUUAUGGGAAUAUUCCAAGGAAGUUAUCACAACUUGCUUAUCUCCAGCUUCUUGACUUAGCUGACAACAACCUCACUGGUUCUAUACCAACUGAGUUUGCCAACUUGAAAUCCAUGAGGCAACAAAAUAUGAAACAGUCUAUCAUAUUUCAAUAUCAGUAUUUUGGACAAAUUGAUGUAAACUGGAAGGGUCAUUAUUAUGAGGUAUUUCAGAGAACAGUUUCUCUGAUUACAGAAAUGGACCUAUCGAGCAACUUCCUCACUGGUGAAAUACCGACAGAGAGAUCAAAUUUACACAGCCUCAAGUUCAUAAAUCUGUCAUGGAAUCAUCUAUCUGGCAGUAUUCCAAAAGAUAUUGGUGACUUGAAGUUCCUAGAAUCUCUCGACUUUUCAUGGAAUCAACUAACAGGCACUAUCCCAUCAAGCAUCGCAAACUUGAUGUCUCUUAGUUCUUUGAAUCUCUCCAGCAACCAUCUAUCAGGUGAGAUUCCCAAAGGAAAUCAACUCCAGACACUCGAUGACCCUUCUAUUUAUGUUAAUAAUUCUGGGCUGUGUGGCUUUCCUUUGAGCAUAGCUUGUCCAAGUGAUUCAAGCUCAGUACCAUCGUUUGAUGAGAAGGGAUAUCACAAAGAUCUUGGCGAAUUAUGGUUACACUAUUGGGUAGCUGCUGGGUUUAUCUUCGGAAUAUGGCUUUGGCUUGGAGUUCUAGGUUUCUGUAAGCCUUGGAGGAUAGCAAUCUUUGACUGUGUGGACAAGAUGUAA